AUGCCUCGGAAUGCUUGUGCUUACCGCCACAUUUCGACGUUCUUGACGUUUGAAGACGCAACGGCAGCUGUCCAUUCUUACGACUCGUUCCGCUACAUCACUGCCUACAACUACGGCCCAAAGGUUAAUGGAAAGGUCUACCGGUGCAUCUCACACGAAAGCUGUGGGCGACGGCUUCGCGUCGCCGAAAUGUACAAAGAGGACGCGGAAAUUCCAGUAACUUUUCAGGUAGCAGUCGCUGGACUGCACGGAACCCGAGUGUCCACUCAACGGCGAGUCGGUAUUGACAGGUCGGUGAAAGCAGAAGUUGAUGGGUUACUGACUCAAGGGGUUCAGCCCUCGAAAUGCUGUCUCAUUCUCGGGGAAAAGUACGCUAAACGGCCGCAAGUUCUCACAAAACUUCCGAAUGAAGGGCAGGUGAGAAAUCGGUUGAUGACGCUGAAGAAAACUAAGCAGCAGGGAUUCGAUGGAGCGGUUGCGACCGACUUUACGUCGUCGACAGGAUCAUCCCCUCCGCUAGUAGUUGUCGAACAGCCGCUCACUCUACUUGAAGAUUCUGGGUCAGAGUGGGUUGAUGAAGAUGACCAUGUGGACUUAGAUCACACAACGGGCAGUAAACACGAGCUAGACGAUAGGGGAAGGCUAUGUGAUUUUGAUAAGGAGAAGCUUCUGAGGGACAUUACUGCGUUCCCUGGACGACCAGUAUUUUGGAACAUACUUAAGAGAACCAGGUAUGUUGAUGACAAGAGUGAGGAGAUCGUGACCGAGUGGACAACUGGUCAGGUGACCAAAUGGAAAACGAGCGAGAAUGCACCUACUAAGUGGGUGGUUCAAUACACAGACGGCGAGAAGCGCGACUUUGUACUCGAAGCGCUGGUGGAUGAGGUCAGAGCCUCGGCACAGCAAGGACUAAACGUGAUGAACCGGCCAUUGAGCUCCUGA